UAAGUUAAGCUUAUAUUGUUAAGCUAGUUUAAGAUAGUUAUGAAACAGUUGAGCUAGUUGUUAAAUAGUUGAACAAGUUGUAAGUUCAUUGAGCUAAAUGUAAGGGAGCUUUAGAUAGUUAUAAAACAGUAGAGCUAGCUUUAAGCUAGUUGCAGACAAAUUGAAUUGUCAAUAAUUAGUCUGUGACAUCAUGGACCUGACGUGGUUUUCCAGAGCUGAGUUUUUGAGAGGUAAGCCGUCUGACAUCAUUUCUAUAUUUGGUAAGAGUUGCUCGGGACAAACAGUGACUGGGAAGCAACAGGUAAACACAGAAUAUAGCAACAUGGCAGCUGAUUCAACACCAUCACGUCAAAAGUAUUUCACCCUAAACCAGUAAAGAAGAGGAUCGGCUGCAGGAUUUGUAAAGCGGAACUCAACGUCGGUCAGGCACGAACAUUUGAAAAGAAGACACGUGGGAUUUGUGGAUGAUGGCGACUCGUCCAGGUGAGAUAAUUAGCUUCUCAGGUAGCUAAUGUCAGCUGUCUAUAGACAGAGUUGUUUUGGCAUUUAACCUCUUCCACCUGGGACUCGCCAUCAGAGGGUUAAAGCUCUCACCUCGCCUUAAAGAGCAUUAUUUCAACAAACCCCUUGAUUUAAUUCAUACUUUUUAAUAUUUGCACUCUGUCUGUCCUUAAUGUUAAACGGAAAAAAAAAUUGAUUGUGAAUUACUUUAUCUUUUGUAUUAGUCAUGGCUAAAUCAGCAGUUUAGACAUAUUUUUGAAUGAAGACGUCAUAUUAAUUGUCUUUAUUGAUAGUCAGCAAAUGUUUAAAAGAACCUCCAACUACAAGCUUAAUAGUUAAGUAAUUGCACAAAUAAUUAUCCGAUUACUUGACUAAUUGUUUCAAUAAUUGAUGAGUAUUUGACUAUGAAGAUAGUCGUUACUUGCAGCCCAAGUACAAACUAACAUUGCAUGUGUUUUAUUUUGGUAUUCUGCAGUCGCAGGUGAAGCCAUCAGCUCUCCAGCUUUUGUUUUAAAUGAUUUGGAAGCAUCAAAACUAACAAACUAACUAUGUGAUCAGGUCAGUGGAGGACCUGCAGAUCCUGAGUUCUGUCAGGUAAAAAUGACUGUUUUUGUUAAUGGAGUCUGGUGGCUUUGAACAGACCACAGACAACUUUCUUCAUUUAUAAUAAAUGGGGAAAUAAAUUCUCUGGAAAGCAUUUUUUCCUUUCAUAUGUUAUUUCCCCCGUUAAUAUAUAUUAUGGAUAGUAUUAAAGUGAAAAACAGUUUGAGAGUCUGUCGGUCGGCAAUAAACACUUUUACAUCGUUUAUUGUCAUAUUUUCAUUAAGUCCCAUGUGAGGCUGAUCAUUCCUGAGUGUACGCUUUCAUAUCAGUUACAGUCUUUGAGUUGUCCAGACUUGUCUUUAAACUUUUCCUCUCUGCUCGCCUGGUUUCGUGUGGAACGUCUCUCUCUCUCUUCCUCUUUCUCCCCCUCUCUCUUCCUCUUUCUCCCCUUCCCCCUGUCUCUCUCAGCUGGAGUUUACUUUCACUUCCUCCUUCUGUUCUGUUCUUUUUACUGAUUUUUUAUUUAACCAGAUAAAAGACCCAUUGAGAUUGGGACCUCUGUAACGCAGUUGUUUUUCCUCCAUGUUAAUCUUUUGUGACAGAGUGAAUCUCUCCCUGCAGGUGUGGACUCUGCUAUGGAUCAGUGUGAGGACAGAGAGGAGGGAGACCCUCCCUCUGAAACCACUCUGUGUGGGGAACAUGACAGCCAGACCAAAGCUCAGAGAGUGCAUCAGGAGAGACUUGAACCUGACCCUGGACCUAAACCCAGCUGUGUGUCCAUGAAGAGUGACUGGUCUAAGGGUAGCCUUAUUGACUUUAAAGUUGGACAACCUGGAUCUGGACCUGAACCCAGCUGUGUGUCCAUGAAGAGUGACCAGUCUAAGGGUCGCCCUAUUAACUUUAAAGUUGGACAAGCUCCUGAUGGAAGAGUUCAUCAGGAGAGCUCAGAGGGCCUCAGUGGUCAGUCUGCCCAACAGCAACAAACAGAUCUGGACUCCAUAUUUAUGCUGCUGGAGGAGAACAUCGUCACUUUUGUGAAGAACGAGCUGAAGAAGAUCCAGAAGGUUCUGAGUCCAGAUUACCAAGAAUACUUAGAGAGUCAGUGGGACUAUAAGGGGCAGAGGAGGAGCAGCAGAGAGGAGUUUCUGAAUAUCACACUUAACUUCCUGAGAGGAAUGAAGCAGGAGGAGCUCGCUGACUGUCUGAAGAACAGAACUCAUGCUCCAGUGUGCAGAUGUAAACUGAAGUCUAACCUGAAGAAGAAGUUCCAGUGUGUGUUUGAGGGGAUCUCUAAAGCAGGAAACCCAACCCUUCUGAAUCAGAUCUACACAGAGCUCUACAUCACAGAGGGAGGGACUGCAGAGGUCAAUGAUGAACAUGAGAUCAGACAGAUUGAAACAGCAUCUAGGAAACCAGACCGACCAGAAACAACAAUCAGACAAGAAGACAUCUUUAAAGCCUCACCUGGAAGAGAAGAACCAAUCAGAACAGUGCUGACAAAGGGAGUGGCUGGCAUUGGGAAAACAAUCUUAACUCAGAAGUUCACUCUGGACUGGGCUGAAGACAAAACCAACCAGGACAUAAUGUUCACAUUUCCAUUCACUUUCAGAGAGCUGAAUGUGCUGAAAGAGAAAAAGUUCAGCUUGGUGGAACUUGUUCAUCACUUCUUUCCUGACACCAAAGAAGCAGAAAUCUGCAGGUUUGAAGAGUUCCAUGUUGUGUUCAUCUUUGACGGUCUGGAUGAGUGUCGAAUUCCUCUGGACUUCCACAACACUGAGAUCCUGACUGAUGUCACAGAGUCCACCUCAGUGGAUGUGCUGCUGACAAACCUCAUCAGGGGGAAACUGCUUCCCUCUGCUCGCCUCUGGAUAACCACACGACCUGCAGCAGCCAAUCAGAUCCCUGCUGACUGUGUUGGCAUGGUGACAGAGGUCAGAGGGUUCACUGACCCACAGAAGGAGGAGUACUUCACGAAGAGAUUCACAGAUGAGGAGCAGGCCAGUAGAAUCAUCUCCCACAUCAAGACAUCAAGAAGCCUCCACAUCAUGUGCCACAUCCCAGUCUUCUGCUGGAUCUCUGCUACAGUUCUGGAUGUGUUGAAAACCAGAAAGGGAAGAAGACUGCCCAAGACCCUGACUGAGAUGUACAUCCACUUCCUGGUGGUUCAGUCCAAAGUGAAGAACGUCAAGUAUGAUGGAGGAGCUGAGACAGAUCCACAGUGGAGUAAAACGAGCAGGAAGAUGAUUGAGUCUCUGGGAAAACUGGCUUUUGAUCAGCUGCAGAAAGGAAACCUGAUCUUCUAUGACUCAGACCUGACAGAGUGUGGCAUCGAUAUCAGAGCAGCCUCAGUGUACUCAGGAGUGUUCACACAGGUCUUUAGAGAGGAGAGAGGACUGUACCAGGACAGAGUGUUCUGCUUCAUCCAUCUGAGUGUUCAGGAGUUUCUGGCUGCUCUUCAUGUCCAUCUGACCUUCGUCAACUCUGGAGUCAAUCUGAUGGAAGGAGAACAACCAAUAUCUCGUCUAUCUAAAGUCUUCAGAGACAAACCUAAACUAAAACGUCUCUACCAGAGUGCUGUGGACAAGGCCUUACAGAGUCCAAACGGACACCUGGACUUGUUCCUCCGCUUCCUCCUGGGUCUUUCUCUGCAGACCAACCAGACUCUCCUCAGAGGCCUGCUGACACAGACAAGAAGUAGCUCAGAGACCAAUCAGAAUACAAUCAAAUACAUCAAGAAAAAGAUCAGUGAGGAUCUUUCUCCAGAGAGAAGCAUCAACCUGUUCCACUGUCUGAAUGAACUGAAUGAUCGUUCUCUAGUGAAGGAGAUCCAACAGUCCCUGAGAUCAGGAAGUCUCUCCACAGAUAAACUGUCUCCUGCUCAGUGGUCAGCUCUGGUCUUCAUCUUACUGUCAUCAGGAACAGAUCUGGACGUGUUUGACCUGAAGAAAUACUCUGCUUCAGAGGAGGCUCUUCUGAGGAUGCUGCCAGUGGUCAAAGCCUCCAACAAAGCUUUGCUGAGUGGCUGUAACCUCUCAGAGAGAAGCUGUGAAGCUCUGUCCUCAGUCCUCAGCUCCCAGUCCUCUAGUCUGAGAGACCUGGACCUGAGUAACAAUGACCUGCAGGAUUCAGGAGUGAAGCGUUUUUCUGCUGAACUGAAGAGUCCACACUGCAGACUGGAAACUCUCAGUCUGUCAGGCUGUAUGAUCUCAGAGGAAGGCUGUGCUUCUCUGGCAUCAGCUCUGACCUCCAAUCCCUCCCAUCUGAGAAUUCUGGAUCUGAGCUACAAUCAUCCAGGAGACUCAGGAGAGAAGCUUCUGUCUGCUGGACUGAAGGAUCCACACUGGAGACUGGAGACUCUCAGGGUGGACCAUGGUGGACUGCAGUGGUUGAGACCUGGUCUGAGGAAGUAUGUCUGUGAACUGGAACUGGACACAAACACAGUACACAGAAGACUCAAACUGUCUGACAACAACAGGGAGGUGACAUGUGUGAGAGAGGAUCAGUCAUAUCCUGAUCAUCCAGACAGAUUUGACUGCUGGCCUCAGCUGCUGUGUAGAACUGGUCUGACUGGUCGCGGUUACUGGGAGGUCGAGUGGAGAGGAGGAGUUGAUAUAUCAGUGAGUUACAGAGGAAUCAGGAGGAGAGGAAACAGUGACGACUGUUUGUUUGGAGGGAAUGAUCAGUCCUGGAGUCUGUGGUGCUCUGAUGUUGGUUACUAUGUCAGACACAAUAACAGAAGCACAGACCUCUCCUCCUCCUCCUCCUCCUCCUCCUCCUCCUCCUCCUCCUCCUCCUCCUCCUCCUCCUCCUCCUCCUCCUCCUCCUCUGGUAGAGUAGCAGUGUAUGUGGACUGUCCUGCUGGCUCUCUGUCCUUCUACAGAGUCUCCUCUGACACACUGAUCCACCUCCACACCUUCAACACCACAUUCACUCAACCUCUUUAUCCUGGGUUUAGGGUCUGGUCCUUUGGUUCCUCAGUGUCUCUGUGUCCUCUGCAGGUCUGAGAGUCUCUCCUGUGGACAGAAACUCUGCUGACUGAAAUCAAAGUUCAGUCUGUUCACCAUCACUCACACUCUGCACUGUGAAGCAGAUCUGUCUCAGACUCAAACACAAAACAUUCAUUUGUCUGAUUUCAUCUCUUUGAGGAUCAACAUUUUUCACUAGAAACACUUCCUGAUGUGUAACAUCUGCCUCCUCCCUGGUGCUGUGAUUAAAAGUGACUCUGUGAGACACACUGUAUAAAGCUGAAAGAAUGUAAAGUGUAUCUGUGUCCAUGUACACAUGCUGUAAUAAACUUGUAGUAAAUUGUAUGUGUUUUUAGGGACGGUGCAGGAAGCUUUGUGAAGCUUUGAGGCUUCAGACUCAGCAGCAGCACAGUGACAUCUGCUGGUUUAUAAACCUCACAGCAGCUCUUAACUCAAGAUGCCUUCUUCAAGCAUUUUUGUACAUUUCUUUCUUUUUUUUUUUCAUUUGGUGAUCACUUUGGACAUGUUACAGCUUGAGGCAUGAACUUUUGCAAGAACCUUUCUUUUUAGUACCAUUUUUUAAAUCCAAUGUCAUUUACUCUUACAUAUCUUUUAUACUCUGUUGAUGCAUUUUGCACCGUCUGGACACCUUUGUGGCAAAAAUGUACACACUCAAAAAACUGCUAUAAAAUCAUCAUACAUCAA